AUGAGGCAGCAUUUCCAGAUGCACAAAGACCAUCGUUUAUGGCUGUGGAUUCGGGUCAAUCGUCCAAAGGAUGCCGUGCCCAAGAUAAAGGCAGGCAGAGUCCUGCCGGGGAAGGACGCCAUGACCCGUGUCAAGUCGUUAACCGCCUCUGGCUUCACCUUGACGCACCGAGGGCCUCGCACGGAGCCCGGCACAGAGAAGGUGCUUGACGAUCGAGACCUGUGUCUGUUACUGGUGUGGGACUACCGUUUGGCCGACUUCUUCUUCGUCUCGAGGGCUCUGAACACGGGUGCUGAAGCUGGUCGACCUGAGCAUACCCCGGAUACCCAGAUCCUGGAAGGAUGCUUCCCCAAAGCGAAGCCUGACGCAACCCGGACACGACCCGGGCAUCUUCAGCCGGGAAACCAGCGCAGGCUCAGCGGACGGAACCUUUUGUCGCAACGACGGGCAAUUAGCACGUGUCUCGACCCCUCCUCUCCCUGGACGGCUGUGUCAGAUGUCAGAUUCCUGCCAGGCUUCGCGUCUCGUCCUAAAACCUCUUUCCGGAGGCACUCGGGGGAAAUUAACGUUUGGCUGGAAGAGAAGAGGCCCCCGGGGCCCGAGCACGUGGCGCUCUCCCGGGGAGGGAGACGGACCCGCGUUCAUCUCGCCCGCGAGAAAUUAAUUGCUGUGGAACCAAUUACGGAAAACGCGAGCAGCCGGGGCGCCUCCGAUGCCUUUGGAGCCGGGGGGCGUGGUCACGGAGCGCCACACGAAACCCAGCCUCCCGCUUCCGUCCUCUCCGAGACCCCCUCCCCGGACGCCGCCGGGAGCCCGACGUUCCGGGUGCGCAGAACCGGGGAGGGUUUGGUGCACACGGCGCAAAGCCCACACGGCCUCUGCUCACACACGUCCGUUGACCGGGCGCCGGGCUGGGCCCUUCGCAGGGGUUUCCGUCAUCCCUUCCGACGACUCCCCUUUGUGCAUGGGGACACUGAGGCACAGGGAGGGCUGCCCGCGUGCGGAGCGUCAGAACCCGGAUCCGGCCCCUCUCGGAGCCAAGUCCGAGCCCCUCUCUGCCAGGCAGGUGGUGUGGACCGGCAGGUGUGGAGGAAUACUACGUCCCCUUGUCACCGGCGAGGCUUCUUGGUCGUUGGUUCCCCGAGUGGCUACGAGCUGUCAUCCCUGCAGGCUGGGGGGUGGGGGCAGGGCGAACAGAGUCCUGCUCCGGAGCUCAGGCUCUCAUGGGGGCAGGGGGAGCCCAGAGGAAUGGGGGGUGCUGAAAGGUAUGAUAGACGUCUCUUCUUCCCAGCCAAUGUCUGAACCGGCAGGGGAGGACCCCCGGGAGCUGUAGGCUCAGGCCUCACGUCGGGGGGGGGCAGCCCAGUCUAUUCGUGGGAAGCCCCAGGGCAGGAGGGGUGGCUCUAGGUAUCUUGAGCGGCAGUAUCAUGGCCCCAUUUCACAGAUGAGGCGAGAAGCCCGGGGGGGGGGGCGGGGGGGGGGGAGAACGAGGUUUCCCAAAAUCCCCAGAAGAGCUGGGCUCGGGGCCCAGGUGACCUCAGGCCCGGCAGGAGCCCGUGAAGGGCGGUGGGGAGCGGAGGAAACGCUGGUCCGGACCAGAGCAGCCUGGUGCCACCUGC